GAGAAAGAAAUUACGAUAGAAUUUAGAUAAUUUAAAUAAGAAAGAAGCAACUUCAUUAAAUAUUUACACAAAUAAUCUUUUGAAGAACAAUUUCUACAAGCACUUGCUGUCAAUUUGAAAACCGUGGGUUGACUAUCGCUAGAUCACAUGGAAUAACGACCGACUUCAAGCUAGUGCGACUGAGGGGGGAGAGAAGGGGUUAUGUCAGACAGGUCUUAAGUAUCGAGCAAUGUUUAUUUUCGAAGCCAAUUCGUAACAAAUAAUUGCCAUUACUACGAAAGAUAUAAUUACAACACAGAAUGGCAUCGAUUGCUCGCAUCGGUAUCGCGAGACUCGGAGUUAAUAACCUUACUAGACAAUUAUGUAAGGUGACAACUGUCGGCAGUAUAAGCCAAGUGGCUUUUAUCAGUAGGAAAUCUAAACGAGUGGACAGACGACCGCGGCCUCAGCCAUUUGAUUACAUGAACAAAAAUUAUGGUUAUUGGGACCAGCUUUUCGAUCCAAUGAUCGACAGACUGGAUGAUAAUUCCAAGAUAAUCGUCGUCGAAGGUCCACCAGCCUCAGGCAAGACUAAAUUUUGUCAAAAGCUUGCAGAAGAACUUGACAUGGUGUUUUUACCACCACCUACCUUCGACGAGUAUUACAUAACCGAAUAUGGGUAUGAUUUGCGUACAUUGGACGACAGAUUGUCGUAUGGUGCUCAGUCAUGCGAUUUAAAGAAAUUCCUGUCAAACCCACAUCAUCCUAACGUGACUAUGUUUGAAUUUAACUACUUCCAAUUCAAGUAUGAUCAAUACAUCACUGCCUUGCUGCACUUGCUGUGCACUGGCCAGGGAAUAGUACUCAAUCGUUCUUUCUACACUAAUUUUGUAUUUGCCAAGGCGAUGACAAAUGCUGGUUAUAUGCGUCCCCAGGCACUGCGAUAUCAUAAUGAAAUCGUAGGAUUUACAUUAGAUGCAGUGAUGAGACCUCAGUUGGUUAUUUAUUUGGAUGUGCCCGUUGAUGCUGUCAAGGAAAAAAUAAAAAAGCGAGGUAUACCAUACGAGGUAAAUUCGAAAGUUUUAACAACAGAGUAUCUCACAGACAUUGAAGAAGCGUACAAGCAAGAUUAUCUGAAGAAUGUUGUGAAACAUUCUAAUGUACUGCUUUACGAUUGGACGGAGGAAGGAGACAUUAUGACCGUGAUCGAUGAUAUCGAAGAAUUAAACUUUGACAUAUAUAAAGAAAAGGGUAAAAUGUCGGAUUGGAUUUUUGAGACGGUACAAGAGCUACGUAUCAAAAGAACAUAUUAUCACGAUAGAUAUUAUCUGCAUAAGGAUUACGCUUCGAUUGAUUUUGAAGUUCCUGAAAUGGUAUUUACACCCGAGCAAACGGAAGAACGAAAGAAGCUAAUGGAAACGGUGCCCGGAAAGAAAUACAGUGUGGGAUUCAACAGAAACCUGGGAGAUAAAGGGAUUUUGUGGAAAGUAUUUCUACCUCCGGAUUUUUCCACUCUCAGACCUAAUGCGCGCGAGGUGGAAGUGUUAAAAGAAGAAUUUAAGAAACUCAAGGCCGCUGCGUUGCCCUGAGAAUAAUAAAAAUAUGCUCGCAUAUAUGUGUAGGGAAGAAAAUAUAACUUGUAAACAGUGUCCAAAGCAACAAUAAAUUACUGUUGUAAAGUAAA